CACAGAUUGAUGUAAUCGUUACAUCGAUAGCUGUUUAUCGGAAAUCACAAAUUUACUAAUAAACACAAAAAUAAAAUAAACUGCAAUACAAGUGAAGCCCUAUUUGAACACUACAGUGAAUGGGAGGCAGAGAAACGAGUUUUCAAAGCGUUCACUGAAUAUACGAAUGACUGAAACAAACGGUAAAAUCAAAAGUGAAAAACUAUUUUACAGUCCAUUCGUAUCGUACGAGUCGUGCAGUUGUGGUGAAAAGCCUUCGCCGAAAAACACGUGUUUGUGAUCAACCACUGGACGACACAUACCUCUCGCGCCGAGACAUACCUGUGCCCUAAUCGCCGCCACCACAGGACAUACCAGUGCUUCAGACAAGUAUACAUCGAUUGACAAACGGGUGACAGUUAUCAGAGAUAAUGGCGCCAAGUCUUGAAAUGCGGGAUCAGAUGCCGUUUGGCGUGUGGGGUGGCGUCACCUCUACCCUCGACUGGUGCGAAGACAACUACACGACCACCAGAUUUGUGGCCGAAUUCUGGAACACUUUGUCCAAUAUAGUGAUGAUAUUACCGCCGAUUGUGGCCAUCUAUCACUCGGCCAUCAAUGGCUUUGAGCGACGGAUUAUGCUCUGCUUCGGGUUUCUAUGCGCGGUGGGGUUCGGGUCGUGGAUGUUCCACAUGACCCUCAAGUACGAGAUGCAACUGUUCGAUGAGCUACCGAUGCUGUGGGGCAGCCUAAUGCUGGUCUACUGCAUACUAACAUUGCUGUACCCGAGUAUCGACGCGUCGCCCACGGCUACGAUGGCCACCAAAUUGGGACUCGUAUCAUAUGGCAUAGUGUCGACCCUACUAUACCUGUGCUUCAAGACGCCCCUCCUGUUCCAGUGCUCGUACGGCUUUCUGGUCACACUUAUGCUCUACUUUGACAUCUGUGUCGCCAAAUACAAGCCCUGCGACCGCAGGAUCUUCUAUUGGGCCGCCUUUUUCUACUACUCCGGUUUCGCUCUUUGGAAUAUCGAUAACCUAUUCUGUGAUAAACUGUCUCUUUUGAGACAAGUGUUGCCAUCGUUUUUGGUCCCAUUCACGCAACUGCACGCUCUGUGGCACUGUCUGGCCGGGUAUGGCUCGUACCUGCAUAUCGUGUUCAGCGCCCAUUCCCGAGCUCUGACCCGCGGCCAACAGGUGGACCUAAUCUGGUGCUGGCACGGCAUCGUCCUCUCAAACAAACAGCACUUCAAAAAAUGCUAUCACUAUCACAGAGCUUACCACAGAUCCGCCACUUCUCGUAAGUAUCACCCAAACCGAUCCCAAACACCACUGCCACCCAUAACUAACUGCACACCACUUCUGGUGAACAACCAUUUGAAUAGCCGAUCGCCGGUCGCGCAGUGGAUCUGUAACCAGACGCGGCUCCGGGUGGUCGACAACAGUCAGUUGGGACGGGAGGCCAUGCAGGAGAACAAGCGAGUGAAGUGUAUCCACGUGUACACCAAGAAGAAGAAUGGCAAGUAUAGGGUCGGCGUCUUAGGCGACAAAGUGUUGGUCACUAUCAAAGGGCAGAUGAAGAGGGGCUAUUUGGUGGGCCUUCGGGCAUAUCAGCGCCAAAUGGUACCCAAGUUUGACUCGAAUAACGUGGUGCUGGUCGAGGAUAAUGGGAAUCCGUUGGGCACGAGGGUCGCCGUACCCGUGCCUCACUAUCUCAGGUCCAAGGGUCCAGAGUUGGCCAAAAUCAUAGCAAUUAGUUCGCGGUUUGUGUGA